AUGGAACACACAUGUGCUGGCCCCAUCGUUCCCGCUCACGACUCGAGUUUCAGCGAAAGUCAAACGGAAAAUGGCAACCGUGAACGGGUAGCACUCAAUGGAGGAAAACACGUCAUGCUGUCUUAUAACUGGAACAGUCAAACUAUCGUAUCCAAAAUCUAUCAAAUUCUAAAAGAUGAAAAUAUUCCAAUUUGGUUUGAUAUACAAGGAGACAUGAAACAUAAUAUAUAUGAAAGCAUGGCUGACGGAAUAGAAAAUGCUGCAGUCGUUUGUUGUUUCAUGACACCGGAUUAUCAGAAAUCUGAGAAUUGCAAACUCGAAUUACAGUAUGCAGAAAAACGAGGCAAGCGCAUCAUUCCAUGCAUGCUUGGUGAUAAAGCGUGGAAGCCCUCCAGCUGGCUGGGAUUGAUAACCGGAGGAGAACAAUAUAUAAGCUUCCGAGAUGAUUCUGCAGAGAACAUUCGUUUGAAAGCAAGACAGCUCAUUGAUCAAAUAAAGGAGCAACCUCCAACGUCACAACCAGUCGAUGAACCAAGUUAUCUAUUCGAAAUAAUUCGAGUCGAAUAUGAACGAAACAAUCGCAUUGAACGAAUAAUGAAUCCAGCAAAAUCUGUUCCAAUCGAGCAAAGUUACAUUAACUUAGCCAUAGUUGAAAUUAAAGAACAACAAGAAAAGGAAAAGAUGCUUCGUGAUGCUCAACACAAUGAUGCGAUCAUCGGCAUCUUUGAACAGAUCUACGGCAUGAAGACUGUAUUAGACGUCAAGGAUAUUUUUAACAAAUGCAAGGAUCAAACAAAGAAUGUGCUCGUACUUGGACGAGCUGGAAUUGGAAAAUCAACAUUUUGUCAAUAUGUUGCAUACAAAUGGGCCACAGGCGCAAUUUGGUCUCAAUAUGAUCUGCUUGUUUUGAUCCCCUUACGCUCCUUAACAGAGAGUCGCUACCCUCCAACAGCACCCGGAACGAGCUAUACUCUAAUUGACCUGGUGAAAAAAGAAUAUUUCGGUCAUGGUCUUUCUGAGAAAGAUGACAGACUUUUGAGAGAGCAGUUUCAUAAAAGUCAAGUGCUAUGGCUUUUGGAUGGCUAUGAUGAAAUUGUGCAAAAUGUGCCAGGACAUCUACAAUAUUUGUUUGAACAGUUACUUAAGACUCCACAUCAUAUCGUGACAUCUCGUCCCUACUUGAAUAAGUUGUCGUACACGGUGCAACUGGAAAUUACGGGCUUUACAGAUGAUAAUAUUCCGGAAUAUGUGAAGCAGUUCUUCGAUCAGACUGGAGAUGCAACACACGAUUCAACAUCCGCAGACCAAAACCUACUAAGCUUCUUAAAAUUGAACCCCAGCAUCUGGGGCGUCGCACAUAUUCCAAUCAAUCUAGAAUUAAUUUGCAGUAUUUGGAGUGACACUGAUUGGUCCGAAACAAAAACACUGACAAUGACAGCACUGUAUGAUUGCAUUACAGAAUGGCUAUGUCGACGAUAUUUGACAAAACAAAAUGUUGAUAUUCAAAUGACUAAAGAAGAUGUUUACGCAGAUUGUCAUAAGGAAUUGGCAUUCUUGGAAACAUUGGCGUUUAAAGGAAUGGAAAACAACACUAUAAUUCUACGAAAAGAAUUGCUGCAAAAAGCUUUGAAGGACGCUGAGUGCUCGUCAAAGCACUACGCGCGCCUACUCAAUAUCGGAAUUCUAAAAUCGAUUAACAAUCAGUCAAUUGGAAAUCAAAUUGAAGUACAGAAAGAUCACUAUUUUAUUCAUCUCAGCUUUCAAGAACAUUUUGCAGCACGAUACUUGGUGAAAGCUCUCAACGGUUCAGGACGUCAAACAGCCAUCGACUUUAUCAAAAGUCACAAGUACAAUCAACGGUUUCAAUUAGUGUUUAUCUUUACAUCCGGUCUUCUCGCUCAGACUAAUUCUGAAUCAUGCACUGACACAUUCUGGGACAUAAUAUUAGGAGAGCCAACGGAUUUGGUUGGUUUAAGACACAUGCAACUAAUUAUUUCUUGCAUGGAGGAGACUACUAAUAGUAGCUCAAGUUUUCGUCGACGUACCGAGUUGAUGGAUUCUGUUACAAAGGGGAUAAUAAUUGCUGUAUCCAUGAAGCACGAUAUUAUUUACAAACAGCUUAACGAGCCAUUACGAAGGAGUGCUUCGUUAGUACAUGACUCAACAAUACAAGACACACUGAUCACACUGCUCGAAAGCAAAGAGUCGAACACGAAAAAGAAUGUGCUUUCAUUGAUUUCGCAAAUACCGAUUUCCAAUCCAUCAUCUCAGCUCAUUCAUCUACUCCUCCUCCACCUUGGCGAUGAGCAAUGGUAUAUCAGACAGAGAGCAUGUGAAGCAUUCGAGAAAAUGGGUGAAAAAGCAGCAACCAAUGAUGUGAUGAAUAGGCUGGUGACUGCACUUGGAGAUGAGAGUCAUUAUGUCAGAAUGAGUGCAUGUGAUACACUGGGGAAAAUGGGUGAAAAAGCAGCAACCAGUUAUGUUAUUAACAGACUGAUUGCUGCACUUGGAGAUGAGAAUGAGUAUGUCCGACACAAAGCAUGUGAAGCUUUGGGGGAAAUGGGUGAAAAAGCAGCAACUAAUGAUGUUAUAAAUAAGCUGGUGACUGCGCUUGAAGAUAAGAGUGUGGAUGUUAGAUGGAGGACAUGUGAAGCUCUCGGAAAAAUGGGUGAAAAAGCCGCAACCAACGAUGUUAUUAAUAGACUGGUGAUUGCACUUGGGGAUGAGGAUCGAAAUGUCAAACGGAGAGCAUCAGAAGCUCUCGGGAAAAUGGGUGAAAAAGCAGCAACCAAUAAUGUUAUGAAUAGGCUAGUGACUGCACUUGGAGAUGAGGAUGUGAAUAUCAAACGGCGUGCAUGUGUAGCCCUCGGAGAAAUGGAUGAAAAAGCAGCAAUCAAUUAUGUUAUAAAUAGGUUGAUGACUGCAGUUGGGGAUGAGAACGGGGGUGUAAGAGAGAAUGCUUGCAAAGCUCUUGGGCAAAUGGGUGAAAAAGCAGCAACUAAUGACGUGAUCAAUAGAUUGGUGACUGCACUUGCGGAUGAGAAUGCGAAUGUCAGGUGGCGUGCAUGUCAAGCUCUCAGGAAAAUGGGUGACAAAGCACCAAUCAAUGACGUGAUCAAUGGGCUGCUGACUGCACUUAGGCAUGAGCAUUGGAAUAUCAGACAGAAUGCAUGCACAGCUCUCGGAGAAAUGGGUAAAAAAGCAGCAACCAAUGACAUGAUCACUGGGCUGGUGAAUGCACUUAGGGAUGAGUAUGGAAAUGUUCAAGAGGCUGCAUGCAAAGCUCUCGGGGAAAUGGGUGAGAAAGUAGCAAAUAAUGAACUGAUCAAUGGGCUGGUCACUGCACUUGGGAACGUGUGGCCGGAUGUCAGAGAGAGCGCACGGAAAGCUCUCGGGAAAAUGGGUGAAAAAGCAGCAACCAAUGAUGUUAUGAAUAGAUUGGUGACUGCACUUGGGGAUGAAGAUGUGAAUGUCAGAUCCACGGCAUGUCGAGCUCUCGGGGAAAUGGGUGAAAAAGCACCAACCAAUGACGUGAUCAACAGACUGGUGACUGCACUUGGCGAUGAGAAUGGGUAUGUCAGACGGUGUGUAUGCGAAGUUCUCGGAGAAAUGGGUGAAAAAGCAGCAACCAAUGAUGUUAUGCAUAGGCUGAUUGCUGCACUUGAUGAUAAGAAUGAGUAUGUCCGACAGAAAGCAUGUGAAGCUUUAGGGAAAAUGGGUGAAAAAGCAGCAACUAUUGAAGUGAUCACUGGGCUGGUGAGUGCACUUGGAGAUGAGAAUUGGAAUGUCGGAAUGAGCGCAUGUGAUGCUUUGGGGAAAAUGGGUGAAAAAGCAGCAACCAAUAACGUGAUCAAUGGGCUGGUGACUGCACUUGGGAAUAAGAUCGGACAUGUUAGACGGACAGCAUGUGAAGCUCUUGGAAAAAUUGGUGAAAAAGCACCAAAUAAUGACGUGAUCAAUGGGCUAGUGAUUGCACUCUGGGAUGCCGAUAUGUCGGUCAGAGAGAGUGCAUGUCGAGUUCUCGGGAAAAUGAAUGAAAAAGCAGCAACUAAUGAUGUGAUCAACGGAUUAUUGAAUGCACGUCGUCGUGUUAUCGGGUACAGUAGUGCCAACGAAACACUUGAAAAGAUUCUUUUUUCGUUCUCGGGAUUAACACAAUUAUCCUCGGAUACAGUUUCGAAACUUUUUGAAAAUAUGAAGGAAGGUCAGUUGGGUGCCUUGAGAACUGUUCCUCCAGAUCAAUUUGUGAAGGUGUUUCUGCAUACAAGAAGUACUGUGUGGCUCCCUGUGGUAACCGUCGUUGCACUUCUGCAGGGAAAUGCGGUUACAGUUACUGGCAACACUAUUGUGUUGUAUGGCAGUCAAGAACCAGUGCAGGUGCCCAUUCCUGAUGAAGAACUGCGUAGAACAUUGGUUGAAGCUUUUGUUCAUCAGGCAGAAGAACUUGAGUCAUCUUCUGAGCUUUUGGCGAAACCGAAAAUGGUCUCUUCCCAACCAGUUUGUUAUCCUUUGGCAUUGGCGUUAACGGAAGUUUGUCCACCAUUAUCGACUACCACAAUUACAACAACCGCUACAUCAUUAGGAACAACUAUUAGCACAACUACAGCUACACGAACUUUCGCAAUAGCUUGUAAACCAGCGAUGGCUGAGGAACCAAGAAACUGUCUGUGUGUGUGCACAAUGACCACAUCAACGACAACCGGUACAAGCACAACCAGAGCGACGUCAACCAGUGCAACCACAUCAACUAAAAAUGAUAAUUGUUGA